CCCAGCUCCGUUGCCACAAUCAUCCAAAACUGCGCACACGGCGGCGGCGGCGGCAGCAGCAGCCAUGUACACCAGCACCUGCUCCGCGGCCGACGAGCGCAUGUACUGCCCGGAGUGCCGCCGCGCGACGGAGGUUGUCCUGGACCACGGCACCGGCGACACCAUCUGCACCGAGUGCGCGCUCGUCCUCGACGCGCACUACAUCGACGAGGGUUCCGAGUGGCGUAACUUCGCCGACGACGGCGGCGGCGAGGACCGCGACCCCAGCCGCGUCGGAGCCUCCGGCGACCCCUUCCUCGCCGCCAAGCUCUCCACCGCCAUCGACUACACCAACAGGCCCAAGAAGUCCUCCACCACCGGCGUGGCGGCCAACGCCCCUCCGAGGAUGUCGGUGCCGGACGCGGAGGCGGCCUCCGACAAGACCCUCGUCGACGGUUUCCGCGGCAUCUCCGACAUGGCCGACCGACUCGGCCUCGUGGCCACCAUCCGCGACCUGGCCAAGGAGACGUUCAAGAAGCUGGACGAGGCCAAGGGGUGCCCGCGCGGCCGGAAGCGGGACUCCGUCUACGCCGCCUGCCUCUACAUCGCCUGCCGCAACCUCGGCAUGCCGCGCACGUACAAGGAGCUCGCCUCCGUCACCGCCGGGGGCGUCGCUGCCAAGAAGGACGUCGGCAAGAUGACGACGCACAUCAAGAAGCUCCUCGGGGAGGAGGACGGCCAGGUGAUGGACAUCGGCGUCGUGAGCGCCUCCGACUACCUGCGCCGCUUCUGCUCCCGGCUCGGCCUGGGCAACCAGGAGGUGCGCGACGCGCAGGAGGCCGUGCGGAGGGUCGAGGAAGGCCUCGACGUGCGCCGCAACCCGGAGUCGGUUGCCGCCGCCAUUAUCUACAUGGUCGUGCAGCGUGCGGGCGCCGGCAGGUCCGUCAAGGAUGUGUCCGUCGCCACCGGCGUCGCCGAGGGCACCAUCAAGGAGGCGCAGAAGGACCUCACCCCGCACGCCCAGAUGCUCUUCGGCUGAGCCGGAGCGCCCACGACAUUAACGCUUCUUGAUCCUUUGCUGUUUGGCAGGUCCUUGGCACAUGCAUGCAUGUUUGCCAUGUCCACAAUUACAAACGUGUGCUGUUCUUGGCAACUAUCUUAGUCUUGGGCAUGUGAAGUUUGUGUUGGACUUCGUUUCUAAGUGCUGAAUCAUAUCAUUCGUGAAUGAAUCCGUGCUUAGUUCGUUUGAUCCGAUUAAACUCACGAACCGAGGUCUCAAGAACGGUUGCCAAGUACACUACUCUACUCGUGAAUUAUAAUGGUCUCAUGAACGUGAGGCUAAUAAUUUCGAGGACUCAGCAUUUUUCGCCGAAAAUUCAUCACACAUUACAAUGAGGUGAAAAAGGCGGCGGCAGUCUCAAAGAAGUGGGUGACGCUUCAAUACCGGCUAGGUUCAAACAAAUUUUGAAAUUUGCUUAAAUCUCAUUGAAAUUGAAACCAGAAUGGCCAGAUUAAAAACUGAAAUAGAUGAUUUCAGAGCAUUUUAGCCGACCAAAAUCCGUAAACCACAACAUGAAUAACUUCGGAAACAAAAGUGGCAUGGCAAUGUGAUGUAUACCCUUGCCGAAUAUGGCCAUUCGAAAACAAAACUGAAGUAAUUGAAUUCACACAUUACAAUGACUAAUGUUCAGAUAUACAUAUGGGAAAGUACCGAAAGAAUCUUUUGGUGUUAUACACCAAUUGAAAGAAUCUGAGAGGAGGACCCUCAAAAAUAUAAAGAGGGGGUCAAGUACUAUGUUUUGUAAUCAGCGAUAAUUAAUAUGGGCCUGAGGGAGUAUUAAAAAUGAUGAUAUUCACUACACCAAAUAGAGUACAUGUCCAAUUCAAUUAUUUCUGAAACAUGGUUGCUAAGUACAUAUAGAUGGCAAAGUACCGAAAGAAUCUUUUGGUGUUAUACACAAUUUGAAAGAAUCUGUCAUGUGUUGUUGAGCUGAGAUUACGCAACCAUGCUGUUUUCGUGGCGGAAGGAGGGAUCCUCGAAAAUAUAAAGAGAGGGUUAAGUACUAUGUUUUGUACUAAGUGACAAAUAUGGACCAGAGGGAGCAUUAAAAAUGUUGAUAUUCACUACACCAAAUAGAGCACAUAUCAAAUUCAAUUAUUUCUGAAACAUGGUUGCUACAAGUACCGAAAGAAUCUUUUGGUGUUAUACACCAAUUGAAAGAAUCUGACAUGUGUUGUUUAGUUGAGAUUACACAACCAUGUUGUUUUCGCAGUGGUAGGAGGGAUCCUGAAAAAUAUAAAGAGGGGGUCAAGUACUAUGUUUUGUACUCAGCGACAAUUAAUAUGGA